CUUGGCCAAUUAAGUGUGGCUUUGUGUCUUUAAACUCAUCUGCAUGCCUCACUAGCCAGGCCAGUCAGCAGCAGCAGCAGCUUUAACAAACUAAACAGCAAAUUGGUUGCUACAUUAACUCAGACUAAUAACAAUAAAAAACUAACAACAAUAUGAGCACAGCAGCGCAUUGAAUCAAAUCCAAUACUAAUCGAAAUCGCAUUGUUGGAAAAUACAAAAGUAUGCCUUUGCCAUUUGCCACUUGCCCUCGCCGCUUGGCCACAAUGGAAGCAGCAGCAGCAGCAGCGCCAAUGAAAUGUUUAUCUCAAUUAAUAUGUGAAAGACAAACAAUUUAACAAGCGCGCACACACGGCUCACAACAACGAACACGCAUACGCCACAUACGCCAGCAUCCACAACAAUACGCAACGCGCAAUGCGCAACAUGCGGCGGCAGCCAAAGCACUCCAAGAGAAAAGCAGUAAACAGCACAAUGCAGCAGCAUCAGCAGUCGGCACCCUGGAGCUUGUUAAUCUGCUGCUGGCUUUUGCUCAGCUGCAGCUGCAAUCAGGUGCUGAGCUCUUACCUGGAGCCCGACGAGCUUAUACACGAACUGGAUCGCCCAGUGCCGCUGACAUCGGUGCAAGGCGUGCUUGGCCGUCAGGCCAUGCUGCCUUGCGAUAUAACGCCGCUGGAGCGCGACGAUGCCGUCUAUAUGGUGCUCUGGUUCCGCGAGGGCGACGGCGAGCCCAUUUACAACUUUGAUGUGCGUGGCCGUCAGUUUGGGCAGGCGCGUCUUUGGUCCUCGCCGCUGGCCUUUGGCACGCGCGCACAUUUCAGCAGCACCUCGCACCCGGCGCAGCUGAAAAUCGACAAUGUGCGCAUCGAGGAUGAGGGCGUCUAUCGCUGUCGCGUGGACUUUCGCAACUCGCCCACGCGCAAUCUUAUGAUAAAUCUCACUGUCAUCGUGCCACCCGACCGACCCAUAAUCUAUGAGCCCAACCGGCACGACAAGACCAGCAAUGUGGAGUCCUUCAACGAGGGCAACGACAUUGUGCUCGUCUGCGAAGUUUCCGGCGGUCGUCCACGUCCGAAUGUUACUUGGUAUCUGGACAACACGGUCAUCGAUGAGUCCUUUGAUCAGCGCGCAGACGGCAAGACUAUCAAUCACUUGUCCUAUCCCAACAUUGGCAGGCAGCACCUGAACGCGCGUCUCGUGUGCGUUGCCAGCAAUACAAAUCUCAUGCCACCGAACAACAAAGUUGUUAUCCUGGACGUCAAUUUGAAACCAGUUGCUGUGCAUAUACUGACCAAGGAUCGCUUUGUCUCCGCCGAUCGCACCUAUGAUAUUGAAUGCAAGAGUUCGGGCUCGAAGCCAGCGGCGGUAAUCAGCUGGUGGAAGGGUAAUAAGCAGCUCAAGAAACAAACCAAAAAUUUUAAUGAGCCAGACAAUCAAUCCUUAAGUAUACUGACGUUCACGCCCAGUCGCGAGGACGAUGGCAAAUAUUUAACAUGUCGGGCAGAAAAUCAAUUCAUCGAUGGCAGCUCCAUAGAGGACAAAUGGCGUCUCAUUGUGCACUACCAACCCACCACCAUGCUAAAGAUGGGCUCCUCACUCAAUCCGGACGACAUUAAGGAAGGCGACGAUGCCUACUUCGAGUGUAUUGUGCAAUCGAAUCCCAAGCCCUACAAGAUGUCCUGGUUCCACAACGGCAAGGAGCUGCAGCAUAACAUCAGCGUGGGCAUUAUAUUAUCGGAUCAGUCGCUGGUGCUGCAAAGCGUUUCCCGCGCCUCCGCUGGCGACUACACUUGCCUCGCCGUCAACUCCGAGGGCAAAGGCCUUAGUAAUCCGGUUACAUUGCGCAUACGCUACGCACCCAUGUGCGCCAUUGAGCACGAGGAGCUGCUGGGCGCGCUGAAGCACGAGACGCUUUCGCUCAAGUGCGAAGUGGACGCCUCGCCGCCCGCCGACUCCUUUCACUGGACCUUCAACUCAUCCGGCGAGCAGACAGAGCUGCCCGCACGCCUGCACUCCAGCGAGACGGGCAUGUCACGCUUGAACUACACGCCCAGCACGGAUCUGGACUACGGCACCAUAAGCUGCUGGGCCAAGAACUCCAUUGGCAUGCAGAAGAGUCCCUGCGUGUUUCAAAUUGUAGCCGCAGGUCGCCCAUUUCCGCUGCAGAACUGCACGGUAAACAAUCAGUCCAUGGACUCGCUGCAGGUGGACUGCAUCGAAGGUUUCGAUGGUGGCUUGCCGCAGAGCUUUAUGCUGGAGCUGGUGGAGCUGAGUACACUGCGUCUGGCCAGGAACAUGACAGUUGUGCACACGCCUGUGAACUUUAUGAUUGAUAAUCUGGAUGCGGCGGCCACAUAUCGCAUGAUUAUAUUCGCCGUCAAUGCCAAGGGGCGCUCGGAGCCAACAAUAAUCGAUGACAUUAAUUUCAAGGGCGUGGCUAAGCUCACAAGCAGCUCCACGGGCCUAACGAUGCCGCUUUCACCAUUUCUGGCCGGCCUAACGCUCUUCUGUGGCCUGCUCUUUGCCAUAUCCUGCAUUAUACUGGCCGCCAUCUAUAGAAGAUAUUCAAAUCGCCACAACGAUAACAAUCUCAAAGCUGUGAAGCACACACAAUUGGCCAUACCGCCAGCUGACUGCCAGCUGGAUCCAUUGCAGCCAAAUGGGCAGCCAGGCAUAGGACAGCAGGAGCAGCACCACUCGAGUCAGCAUCAGCCACAACAGCAGCAGCAGCAGUCGCACCUGCUGCCAAUUAAUUGUGAUAAUCGUAAUGCGGUCGAUUGCGGCAACUUGAGCGAGGUGAACGUAGAGGGUGGCACUCGCCACCAGCUGUCCAUGGGCAAUGAUACACUGCGCUCCACGGCGCGCAGUCGAGCCAAUGCCAGCGCACAACUGCUGGGCGGCGAUCCGGCCGACAUAGACGAUACAGAUCCAGACGUUAUACCCAAUCAGUAUGAAAAACGACCGCUUAAAGCGCUGGUCGCCUCGCCAGGCUUUGCCAGCUCCUCGACGCGACUGAUGCAGCGUGAUUACAGUCGAGAAGCAGCAGAGAGCGGUGGCCUCGUUGGCCUGGGAGCUGCGGAGGCCAGCAGCAUUGGCCUGCUGAGCAGCGGCUCAGGCAACGAAGUGUUCCACUAUACCUUCCGCCCAAGUAAACAAAUCGAACUGCACUGCUCCAGACCCAAACGACUGCGAGUUCGAGUGCGCGAGUCUCAUUUGUGAGCUGAAAACCAAGUUGAGAGCUCUCCUACUCUUCGAAAGUAUUAUCAAGUUAAUUUAAUUUCAAUUACUUACCUGCUGAAUUAAGCACAUACAUAGUAUAUAUGAACUAGACUAAGCAACUAGCACACUAAGUUUAAUUUAAAUGUAUAUAGCUCCUAGUUUAACUGAAAGUAGCUGGGCUUGAGCAUUUACUGUCUUCACAUGCGCGUAGAGUGAAUAUUUAAUUGGAAUUUAUUAAGUUUAAUUAACUGUACAUAAACGAAAUACUUAUGCAUUUAGUAUAAACUAAUUAACCAAAAUAUAGUCAAGCAAAACUAGAACAAUUGACCCACAAAACAAAAGAAAAUGAAAACUUUGCGUACAUAUUCAUCUGUGUCCUCACCAAUAAUGGUACUAGGUUUAACAAUUGGCUAUAAUCUCAACAGACUUCCUAACUAUAUAUAUAUGUAUGCAUAGUAUAAAUGUAUAUUCUACUUAUGUACGCUUCGUUUUCGAGUGUGUGCAGUAGAGUUAACGAUAAAUGUUUUGAAGUAUGAAUGUCUUAGUAAAUUUAUGGCCAAUAUAUAUAUUUUAAGCUUAAGCUACAAGCAUAAAUUAUGAUAUAUGAACAUAGCAAAGUUAGUCUAAAUACACUCGAAUAGUUAUUUGAGCAAAUUACUAUAAAUGAAAUAUACAUAAAUGAAUGAUUGAAUA